UGUUGGACGAAGUUAAGAACUUCGCCCUCGUAGCUGUGGGCCCCACAUACGUGGCAGCCUACUGCGCUCCCGCUCUAAACUCUCAUAACUCGCUUUCCCGGUCUCAGCGGCUCAGCUCCACUCACAGUCACAGUCUACAGGGUCUCAAUCCUACUACCUCUCCCUCCCUCUGCCAUGAUCGUACCGCGUCGUUUAGCCUCCACCGCCAGCUUUACCGCCGCGCCACCGCUGUACCGGCUUCUGAAACUCGCUCUUAGCCGAUUCUUCACCGCCGCCGCGGCUCAGCCUCACUUCGAUCACGACUACUACUAUGCCCACCGAGACGACCGCGGGCCGCGCCUCGAUCAACUUCCGGUGGCCGGCACGGAGGGCUCGGUUCCUGUACGAGGAGUGCAGUGGGCCUUCAUAGGCAGUCCGAUCGCCAAGAAACACGUGUACGCCGAGAGGCUGUCGAAGCUUCUAGAAGUUCCUCACAUUUCCAUGGCCGGCCUCGUCCGCCAAGACCUCAACCCUCGUUCUUCGCUUUACAAGCAGAUUGCGAAUGCUGUGAAUCGAGGGGAGCUUGUUCCGGAAGAAAUCAUAUUCGGGUUGUUAUCGAAGAGAUUGGAAGAUGGGUAUUGCAGAGGAGAAAGUGGAUUUAUACUGGAUGGACUUCCUCGUUCCCGGAUUCAAGCCGAAAUUCUUUCCGAACUCAUUGAGAUUGAUCUAGUUGUGAAUUUCAAAUGCACAGAGCAUUGCUUGGCGGAACACGAAAGAGAGGGUGCCUGGAGGGAGAAACUUCGAAUCUUUGCUGAGCAGAGUAAGCCAUUGGAAGAUUACUACAAGAAACGGGAUAAGCUUCUCGACUUUCAAGUGAGUAGUGCACCCGGGGAGACUUGGAAGGGGCUGUUGGCUUCGUUACAUCUGCACUCCUCCCUGUUGUAGAAUCUCAGCUGUGAAUUCUGACUCUACUGUAUAUAAGAACCGUGCAAAUUGCCGAGGCCGAUGGAACCUUCGGACGAGUAUAGCUUUGUUUGUAUAGCAAGCAAACCAAUCAACUUCUGUAUUUUUUCUUCUUAUUAGGUGAAGAAUCAGUGUUCAACAAGAAGUAUGAGUGAAUGGUUUUUUGUUAAUAAAGCGUAAACAAUUGCAAAAAGAUUACGUCUGUAAAAUGGGGCUCGGCCCAUUUGAUAGACAACAGGCAAGAACUUUUUAUACUUAUUUUUAGCUACGCAAAUUACAUUUGAUCUUA